AUGAAGUCCUUCAGUGCAGCCUUUACACUUACCCUUCUUUUCUCCCUCGUGAACGGCCUGGUCACUCCGAUUAGAGACGCAGCUAAAGUUCGUGACCUGGAAAAUGUCUUUGAGACUCGGGAUAUAAAUGAGCUCCUUGAUACCCGUGCCACUGUUCCUACAUUCACAUUCAGCGGCUUCCCCAGCAGCGCCGUCUGCGCUGGGGUAACCUAUUCCGCCACCGACAUCCAACAAGCCGCUUCCAAAGCAGGACAACUCAGCAACGCAGGGCAAACUGUCGGAACCAACAAAUAUCCUCAUCAAUUUUUUAACCGAAAUAAUGAAAUCCCCAACUUCGAAGCUCAGUGCACAACCACCUUCCUCGAGUUCCCCAUCCUAGCGUCCAAGGCAGUCUACACCGGUGGUAGUCCGCUUACGGACCGUGUUGUGGUUAAUGUUGCGGCGGGGAGUACGGCCGGAAAUGUUGUUAUCACAUUCUGCGGCGUGAUGACCCACACAGGUGCCGCGAAGAAGAACGGCUUCGUCAGUUGCACUUGGAAAUAA